CCACUACUAACUUGACUACCGCAAUGUCUGACAGCGAAGAGACGGAUGUCUUUGGCGUAAGUCAAGGCCUCGUGCCCUCGGCGCCCAUCAAGUCCGCUGGUGUGUCCGAGGUGGACUUCGACGGGUUAUUAUCCGCGCCGCUCAAGCUGAACGAGGAUCUAAAAAAUGGAUGCGGCGGGCAGCUGUGGCCGGCAGGCAUGGUGCUCAGCAAGUACAUGCUACGAAAGCACAGAGAUGAUCUCGUCGACAAGGAAGUUCUAGAGCUGGGCGCUGGCGGAGGUCUCGUAGGUCUCGCAGUAGCGAUAGGCUGCAAGACAAACACAACAUUACACAUUACGGAUCAAGAGCCCAUGUUUGAGCUCAUGAAGCAGAACAUUGCUCUCAACAACCUCGGCUCGCGUGUCACUGCAUCGAUAUACGACUGGGGUACACCUACUCCUUCGCAGCUACCGUCACACCCGGAUGUCAUCCUCGCCGCUGACUGCGUGUACUUUGAGCCUGCGUUUCCACUUCUGCAACAAACGUUGAAGGACCUGAUUGGCGACAAAACAGUGUGCUACUUUUGCUUCAAAAGGAGGCGGCGAGCGGAUCUGACUUUUAUGAAGACUGCAAGGAAACUGUUCAAUGUGCAAGAGGUGGAUGAUGACCCAGAUAGAGAGGUGUAUUCGAGAGAAAAGUUAUUCCUAUACCGAAUUACGGCCAAGAAAGCUUGAGAUGACGGAUGUGUGGGUCGUGCUAUUUUAUGAGAUAUGAAAGAGUUGCAUUUCCAGUUCCCGGGGCAGAUGAGCAAAUAGGAGGGGAAAUGUUAGAUUUAAGGUCUAGCAUGUUCAUCACCAGCCUUAACUAUGGAACCGGCAGUCCUUUGAUUACUUGCACGCUUCAGGCCGAGUUUACGGUAUUCCGCAAAGACUCGCUGGAAAGAUAUCGACCACGGCUAGGGGCUUGAACAAAAAGAAGGGCAAAAAAAACAUACAACAGCGGGGAUUCGCUAGUGG